AAGAAAACUCCUCUUCCUGCACAUAAAGAAUGCAGUAUUAGCCAAUGGUGCUGGUGAGCAGCCAAGGCUUGUGCAGAGCUGGGAGUGACACAGUGGAGGCAGGCGCACACACUACACGGCACACAGUGAGUAGCAGUUCAGGGUAGGAAGGAUUUAACCUCCGUGGAAUUGAAUGCUCUGGCUUUGAGAACUUGCAAGUAAUUAACAUGGCUGAAGAGGGCAUCCUGGUGGAGAUCUUCACUUCUCCCUUAAAUAUAUGUCUUCUGUUACUCUGCCUGUAUCUGCUGUACAAGAUCCUGAGGGGGGAUAAACCCAGCCAAUCAGAAGAGAGGGAAGAGCAACUACCGAAGAUGAAGAAGAGAGACUUCACGCUGGCUCAGCUUAAAGAAUUUGACGGUCUACAAAAUCCCAGGAUUCUGAUGGCCAUUAAUGGCAAAGUGUUUGAUGUCACAAGGGGGAAGAAGUUUUAUGGACCAGAGGGGCCUUAUGGUGUGUUCGCCGGACGUGAUGCUUCUCGUGGUCUUGCCACUUUCUGCCUUGAAAAAGAAGCCUUAAAAGAUACAUACGAUGACCUCUCCGAUUUAACCGGUUCACAGCGGGAGACCUUAAGUGACUGGGAACAACAAUUUACCUUUAAGUAUCACCAUGUGGGAAAAGUUCUGAAAGAUGGAGAGGAACCAACAGAAUACACAGAUGAAGAAGAUGCUGACCAGAAGAAGAAAAACUAAAAUACAUUAUGUUUUGAAUAUGAGUUCCUACAUUCCAGAUUAUGCAUUGUUCUAGUCUUGCACAGUAUAUAUUACAGCAUUGCGUGAAAUGAAGCCCAUGUGGUUGUCUUCCACAAAAUGAUUGUUGCUUCUUGUACACAAACUGUCUACGAAAUGUCUAUGAAGAAGCUUUGUAUUCCAAGGCUUUCCUUGAGCUGAAAUGACACUUCAGGGUCGUGUUUCCUAAACUUCCUUAGGUACCACUAACACUGAACAUGUUUUCAGUUAUCUUUACUUCUUCUUUUUUGCUUUAUAUGCUUUUUUUUUUUUCUUGUCUGUACUCUUAUGGGCAUCUGUAAUGUCUGACCCGUGAUAUUUCAAGAAAGGAAAAGGAAACAUUUAGUUUAUGGUUCAUCAAUCUAAAGCAUUCCAUUAAAAACACUAAUCUAACCAUGUGAAUUCUAAAGCGAGUAAAGCAAUGGUUUGCAAAAAAAGUCUUAA